CUCACUCAGGGUCACUUUUAUAGAACAGAGCCAUCAUUAAUGUUAUUAGUGACACCUGUGCUUUUCCUUUAUGAGUCAAAAUGUCUGCUGUGAAAAAGGCCUGUUGUCAGACGGGUAAGUCAAUGUCUAGUUUUGGACCUUAGAUAUAUUUAGUAGUUAUCUUCACAUUAACAAUCCAUUUAUAAGCCUUUAAAUCAUGCACAAAGUCCCUUGCGAUAGCGUCUAUCAGUGACCCUGAUACUCAACAAUUACGUGUCAAUUUGUUUGUCUGUGUAUGCACGCGCACGCACCUGUGAAAGAUUGGGUACCUGUGUGGAGACACGCGGGAAGCUGGGAUAGGAUGUGACGUAGUUCGUUGGUUAAUCCUCUUAGUUUAAUUAAGCUGAACCAGCAGGCCAACACUGGAGCUCGGUUUCAGAAAUCGAUUUGAUUGUUCUAGAAGUCAAACGGAGACGCAGGGCAAAAAAUAAAUAAAUAAAUAAAUAAAUCUUGGGAGUAUUAAGAGUGUUUAGAGAGGGUUGGAGGUGUCUGGCUCGUGCAGGAUGCUGCCUCGGCGGAUGCUGUGGAGCGCAGUGGUGCGUCAUGUCGCUCCGCGUCUGACCUACAGCACCGCAACCCAGUCUGAGGUGAAGCCAAAAAAGACCACAUUUGGCCCUCUGAGUGACGAAGACAGGAUAUUCACUAACUUAUAUGGCCGCCAUGACUGGAGACUCAAGGGGUCACUCAGACGAGGAGACUGGUAUAAGACUAAAGAGAUCCUUCUGAAAGGAAUGGACUGGAUCUUAAAUGAGGUGAAAAUCUCAGGUCUUCGUGGCAGAGGAGGAGCAGGCUUCCCCACCGGCAUGAAAUGGAGCUUCAUGAACAAACCAAGUGACGGCAGACCUAAGUACCUGGUGGUGAAUGCCGAUGAGGGGGAGCCUGGGACAUGCAAAGACCGUGAGAUAAUGCGUCACGACCCCCAUAAGUUAUUAGAAGGCUGCCUGAUCGCUGGGAGAGCCAUGGGCGCUCGUGCUGCCUACAUCUACAUCAGAGGAGAGUUUUACAACGAGUCCUCAAAUCUACAGGUGGCUAUUAAUGAGGCAUACAAAGCAGGGCUGAUAGGUAAGAACGCCUGUGGCUCCGGGUUUGACUUUGAUGUGUUUGUGAUGCGGGGGGCCGGAGCCUACAUCUGCGGGGAGGAGACGGCCCUCAUCGAGUCUCUUGAGGGCAAACAAGGAAAACCCAGGCUGAAGCCGCCAUUUCCUGCAGACAUAGGUGUGUUUGGAUGCCCAACGACAGUCUCCAACGUGGAGACGGUUGCUGUGGCGCCUGCGAUCUGUCGUCGAGGCGGUGCUUGGUUCGCCAGCUUUGGGAGGGAGAGGAACUCUGGGACGAAGCUGUUCAACAUCUCCGGUCACGUGAACACACCGUGCACGGUGGAGGAAGAGAUGUCUAUUCCUCUGAGGGAGCUAAUAGAGAGACAUGCAGGAGGAGUGAGGGGCGGCUGGGACAAUCUAUUAGGAGUGAUCCCAGGGGGGUCCUCCACUCCCAUCAUCCCUCAGCGUGUGUGCAACGAUGUUUUGAUGGAUUUCGAUGACCUGGUCCGUGCAGAGACUGCACUGGGAACAGCUGCCGUCAUAGUCAUGGAUAAAUCGACUGAUGUGAUCAGAGCCAUCGCUCGUUUGGUUGAGUUCUACAAACAUGAGAGCUGUGGCCAGUGCACCCCCUGCAGAGAGGGAGUCGACUGGAUGGAUAAAAUGAUGUGGAGGUUUGUUAGAGGAGAAGCAGCAGCUUCAGAGAUUGACAUGAUCUGGGAGCUGAGUAAGCAGAUAGAGGGACACACCAUCUGUGCCCUGGGAGACGGAGCAGCCUGGCCUGUGCAGGGACUGAUCCGCCACUUCCGGCCGGUCAUGGAGAGCCGCAUCGCUCAGUAUAACAAGAAAAACCCUCCAAGAGAGCCAGACAUCGAGAUGAUCUGA